GCGGGCGGGCCAGACCAAGUGUAAGGGGGGAAGGGGGAGGCGCGCGCGCAGGGAGCGCCCACCUCGCGCUCAGCCGGCGCUCGCGCCCUGCGGACACCCCUCUCGGGCUUCUCGACAUGGCCCGACCCGCGGCGAGGGGCCGGGCCGGGCCGUGAGGAGCCGGCCUUUGAGUGGAAGGCGGGAAAUGGAUUCCUCAGGACGCGGCGGCGCCGGGAAGCCCUCUGCGGCCGCGCCCGGCACUCCCGGUGCUGCCAAGCCCAGAGCAAGACGGGCACAAGGGGGAAGAGUGGUGGAGUCCCGGUACUUGCAGUAUGAGAAGAAGGUGGCCAAGAAGGCUCCUGCCGCAGACACCACGAAGACCAGCGGGAAGGCGCCCGAGGGCGGGAGGAAAGCGGGCCUGCCCCAGAGGAGCCGAGAUGACAGCGGCGUCGGGAAGAGGGACCUGCAGUCCACCAUGCUGGAAGGGCACGGCGCGGCCCCACCCGACCUCGACCUCUCCGCCAUCAACGACCGAAGCACGCUCAGGAAGACCCCCCAGCUGGACAGGUCGCUGUCCAAGAGGGCGGAGUCGGCCUCCUUCUCAGCCCCGAGGAGGAAGGGCCCGGACCUCUGCGAGGAGAUGGAGCUGAUGGAGUCGCAGACGCUGCUGCUGACCCUGCUGGCCGUCAAGAUGGAGAAUGGCCUGGCCCGGUUUGAGGAGCAGGCAGAGCGGGAUUUGCUGCGCCUGGGCCGGGAGCGGGAGCGGCUGCGGGAGGCGGCCCACGGGCUGCGGCGCAGGCUCCUGGUCUCGCAGAAGAAGAGGGAGCUGGCGGGAGCACUCACCACCCAGACGGAGCUGCUGUGGCCCUUCGAGGCGGCGGCCAGCCGCUUCAGGGACGGGUACACGGCGCUCGCUACGGCCCUGGACGGCACCCGGCACGAGCUGCCCGUGCGCUCCGUCCACCUGGAGGGCGGCGGCCGGCGCCUGCUUGAUGCCCUGCAGCCUGAGCUGAACACGGCCCAGCGCCUCCUGGGAGAGCUCGGGGUCGGCAGCGCAGAGCCCACGCAGGCACUGGCCUUGCUCAGUGAGCUCCGGGGCCUGGCCGUGGAGAAGGACCUGGAGCUCCGAAGGAGCUUCGCCCAGGUGCUGGAACUGUCGGCCGAGGCGAGCAAAGAGGCCGCCCUGCUGAACCAGGGAGCCUGGGAGGAAGCCCAGGGCCCAGCGGCCCCCAGCCGCUGGUACUUCCGCGGGGACGGCGCCCACGGGGAGCGGCCCCUCUCCCAGGACGAGCCGGGGCCCCCGUGAGCCCGCCCAGCGCCGCCCCGCCCGGAGCCCUGGCCUCGCCUGGGGUGCCCCGGACAGUGAGCACUUUAUCCGCUGCCGUCGGACCGUUCUGUUUGCCGCGUUGAAAUAAAACUGUUCUGCACUGGAAAC